GAUGAAAGUGCCUAAGUGUGGAUAUGCAGGGGAUUGAGGAGGAAUUGAGUAUUUGGUGAAGAGUACACAGGAUAAUGUUUUUAUGGAGGAUUUGUUUGUGUGUGCCAAUUGUUUGAAUUCGAGAUAUCCAGGAGAACAGUUUGUUCAGAUUCCGAAGCCUGAUGAUAUUCUCCAUUGUUUGGAUUCAGUGGAAUACAACCUGAUCAAAAUUGAGCAUUUCAAGGAAUGGCAUAAGCUCGAAAAAUUAUGGAGAAAAAUGCUUCCUGAUUUGGAUGAAUACAAGGAUAGACAUCGCCAGCUCAACUGUGACUUAGCAUCUGCAAAGUCUACAAAUAGCUGGGAAAGUUUGCCUUACCUUCUCAUCGAAUCUCGGGUACUCCUUCACACUCUAUUCGAUUCACAAUUAUGGAAAGAAUAUUGUAAGGAACAAACAUGCCGAGAAUUCCGAGAUGCCAAGCACGGCACCAGGAAGAUGUACAGUGCAUCCAAGGUUUGGGUUAAUAGACAAAUGAUGAAGCUCAGAGAUAAUAUAGCUAACUCAGAAUAUGGAAGACUCUCCAAAAAAUUUGAACAGACCAGGAAGCAAUGUAAUGGCCAAGAAAAUUUGAUUAAAGAACAAAAGACAAAGAUUGCCCAACAGAAUAACUCUAGUAUGUUCAGGGAAAUAGAACUUACUAAGAUUAAGGAAGAUCUUCAGCAAAAGAAUGAAAUUAUUAAGAAGCAAAAGGCUCAAGUUAAGGAGAAGAGCGAACUUAUUGAGAAGCAGAAGGCUAAAACUGAAAAAAAGAAAUAAGAAGAUUCUAACCCAAAAGGAGUUGUUAGACAAAUUAAACAAAGAAAAGUUGACUUAUGAAAAAGAAAUUGAGCGUCUCACAAUAGAAAAUAAACAAGCUAGAAAGGUUCAGGUAGAGCAACGCAAUGAAAUUGAGCUAUUAAAUGACGAAAGAAUCAUAGCUAAGAAGGAAGAAAAUAAAAAACAAGACUUCAAAGAAAACUCACACAAAGACACAGUUUCAUCAGAUAUCCUUAAAUUUGUUCAGGAAAAACAACAGGAGAUUAAGAAAGAAGGAAGACUUGGUUUUUAUUUUUCUGAUAAAAGAUAUGGGCAAUUGCUUGAGCAGCUUAGCAAUGAUAUCAUGCCUCCUUUAAAUGAGCUUAACUUUUACUUCUCAGAUAUGCUCAAAGACUCUCAGGCUCUAUGAAUUCUAAAUGGUUUUCUUUCAAACUCGAUUCGUGAAAGCAUUCAAAAGUUUAGUAUCUGCAUGUACUCUUUAUCUCCACUGACUCAAUACAAGGCUUCUGUUGCUAAAGUUCUACCUUUGAUUAAUAAUGAAAUUUUGAUGAGCUCUUUUACUUUAAGCCAGAAGGAUUUCGAAGAUUUACUAGUUGCUGCUCAGCAUACAAACACAAUCCAGUUUCACGAAUGUACAAUUGAGACUGACAAAGAAUGUAAUUUUUCAAAAAGAUUGCAAGCAGCUACCUUUCAAACACUUGAUUUUAGUGGGACUGGAGUAGACGAAAGAAGCGCAUGGAUAGAAGGCCAUUAUAAGAGAUUCAAUAACAUAAUGACGGGACUAGCAAAAGUUAAGAGCAUUAAGAAUAGAGAAAUCAGUCUAAUUGCUCGUGAAGAUGACUUAUAUAUUGAAGAAGGAAAGAAGAUUAUCGGAGAUCUAGGCUUAGAUAAAAUCAGCUUAUUUAUCGACCAAGAAGAAUACAGCGAGUUAAUAGAUGAUGAUAAUUAUUAAAAAAACUACUCCA